AUGGGGUGUUUUCAUUCAUCAAUACGCCGAAUUAGCAAUGACUCUAUUUUCGAUUCGAAUGAUAUUUUACAUUUAACACAAUCAUGGAAUAUUAUUAAAACUCAUAAUCUUCAAAAAUUUGCUCAAGCUGUUCUCAUUAAAAUCACUAAUCAAAAUCCAUUACUCCGCAAAUUCUGGAUGUCAAAAGUUUCAGUUGAUGGAAAUAAUUAUGAUUAUAGUCAACAUGACUCAUGUUUACGAAAUGAUAUAAGCUGGCAUAUUGGAUUGCGUGAUCAAAGUAUUCAAUUUGUAUCCAUACUUGAUAAGCUUAUUUCAGUUAUUCACGAUGAAAAUCAUUUAAAAACAGAAAUUAGGUCACUCAAUAUUCCAGACGAUUUUUUCCGGAUUGAACAUAACUUAUUGGUGACAAUGACAAAUUGUUUAUUGAAGAAUGUCAGAGACCAUUGCCAAACGUUUAACUACGAUUUUACAGAUUCUCUUGAACAGGUUUGGAAUAAAUUUUUUAUGUUUAUUGUUCAAAAUAUGAAAAUAAAAUGA